CCUGAGUUUUGUGUUUUUUAGAACUAUUUUGGAAUCUUUAGCUACCAUGGUAGCAGGAGCACAAUAAAGAAGCUGCCACGGAUCCAGCUAAUACACUUUCUUAACUAUCUUACUGGUGAAAGUUAUCAGUGAGCCGGACUGAGCCUGGUUUAGACUCGGCCACAUUUCUCCUAAUACAAGUCAACACCACAACCAGAACUGUAUGAAGGAAUUCUCAGCACAUAUAGGGCUUUUUCUGUUGCAAGCAUCACUAGUUCACCUGUAGUGGAAGCCAAAUCGAUAUAUUGAGCUCAGCACACUAAGGAACAAUGGAGAGCUCUGAAUCAAAACGGAUCAGUAAAAAGAAGAUACUGCAGUUGCUUUCCCCUUUCUGCUCUUGUGCCCGAGAACAAAGUCAAGUCAAACAGGAAUCUCCUGAAGUGGGAAGGAACCUCUGGAAAGCUAACCGCGCGUCCCGAGAGGAGAACGACAUCUUCAGGGAGGACAACAAGUCCCUGUGGAGAGAGAACAAAGCUCUCAGGGGGGAGAGCGAAGCCUUCCGCAGGGACAACAAGUUGAUCCGGGAAAGGAACCAGCUCCUGCAGGAGGAAAACCAGGUCCUCUGGGAGCUGAAAAAGACCACUCUGGAGAAACAGAAGUUAUCUAGAGAGAAUGUCAAGGCCUUGAACACGCAGAGAAAAUCCAGUCGGCAACAGAAACGGGCCCGCGAGGCCCAGCUCAAGGCCCUCAAGCAGCAGCAGAUCGCCUUCCAGAACGAGGCCAAGGCUCUGGACGAGGAAAUGAGGUCUCUGAACCAGGAGAUCAGGGCCCUGCACCACCAGAAGAGAGCCAUCAACAUGGAGGAAGAGGCCCUGGUGAAGGAGGGCAUGGCGCUGGGGAAGGAGGAAGAGGCCCUGUGGAAGGAGGAGCGGGCCCUGCGGAAGGAGAACAAGGCUCUGAGAGAGGAGCACAGUGCUCUUCAGGAGGAGGAGAGAGCCCUGCAGGAGGAGGCCCUGCUCCUCCAGUCCUGGUACAGCUUUCUUCAGAAAAGGGAGCUCAAGAGCACAACAAUGAAAUAGAGCAGAAGGGUGACUUAACGAUGUGUCCUGAGAACCUUGAAGAUCAUUGACCUUCCAGGGG